GUGGCAACAGAUCCACACCAUGUGUUAAGCUUUUACACGCUCCACCCUCUUAUGGAACAUUAUAUUAACCUUUGUCUCUCUCUCUCUUUUUACUCUCAAACAUCACAGGAAGACGCAGUACCAGGCUCUAACAAACACUCCUUUAUCGAGGAAAUAUCAUGGAGAAGGAUCAGGGAUAUCCUCCAGGAGUAGCAUCACCGCCUUACCCUGGUCCCCCUGUGGGAGCCUACCAAGCCCAGCCUGGCUUUCCAGCUGUUCAACAGCCUGCUUACCCUUACUCAUCUCAGCAACCUCAGGUUGUUCAGCCUGUGAACCAGGUGGUCGUGGUGCAGCAGAUGCCCAGAGAUGUUCCUGGACAGAUGACUUGCCCUAACUGUCAAAACACCGUUGUCACCAGAACUGAGCACAAAAACGGUCUGUUCACCUGGCUGAUCUGUGGUGUUCUAGGACUAUUCCUUUGCUGGCCGUGCUGUUUUAUCCCGUUCUGUGUGGACGCUUGCAAGGAUGUGGAACAUUCCUGCCCCUCCUGUAACAACGUCUUGUAUCUCUAUAAACGCAUGUGAAAACCGGAAUGAACAACAAAAGGCAGAGCAGUCAACCUUGACUAAAUAAACAUCAGUACAAGAGCCAAGCCUCUCCAUGCAUACACACGUCAUCACUGGCAUUGUGCUGUCUUCAGGCAUUUAGCAGCUGCUUUACUUGGCUCCGUACAUAUGUGUAAAUAGAAGACUACAUAACUGCUGUGAUUUCUUCUAUUUCUUUUUUCUUUCAUGUUUUGAAUGUGAUGUGCAGCAGGGAAAAUUGAUUUAUAAUGACCAUAAGAAUAUAUAUAUAUCUUUUUUUGCUUGACCUGCGUGAUAUUAUCUAACUAUAAUAUACUUCAGUGUUGACUUUAAGUAACAAUGUAGAAUGGCAGUUAUGACACACUUAAGGAAAAAACAGUAACAACUAUCAUAUGAUAGCUAUCACCUGUGAAUCAUAAGUUUAAGUAUGGUUAUUCAUUAAUUAAACUCAAUCAGUUAACUGUUGAAAGUCUUCAUGGAAAUAAUAAAACUGUAAACUCUAAUAAAACCUCCAGCACUUGGACCAUGCAAUGAUUCAAAUAAAUAAAUUAAUCAAAA